AUGGCCAACAGCAUCGGAGACGCAAGUGAUACCGACAUCAACAUCACCACCCUGAUAGACAUCCUUCCAGUAGCCCAGGCACAUGAGGUUGCGAUCGCGAAGCUUCGCGAAGAUCUUCGAGCUGCUCACCAGGAGGUCAACCGAUUGAACGCGGAGGUCAACCGAUUGAACGCGGAGAACCGCGACCAGCGCUCCACUAUCUUCACUGCCAAUCGGGAGAUCGAAGAGUACAAGGCAGACGAUAUCGCGAAGCGUCUCAAGGAGGCAGAAGAGUCCGACACCCCCGCGCGCCUCACAGCUGCAGACGCCCACCAGCGCUGUGCAGAUCUUCUUGGUCAGGCGAUAGCUGCAGAACACAAGCUCGCGAAGGCUGAGGGUGAGUGCGCAGAGUUGAGGACUUGUGUCAAGAAUCUGGAGGAUCAGAAGAUUGAGGUGCGCGGUGAGUACGAAGAGAAGCUUGUCUUGUCCAAGGCGGAGUUCGAGAAGGAUAUGCGCAACGAGUACGAAGAGAAGCUUGUCUUGUCCAAGGCGGAGUUCGAGAUGACUAUGCGCAACGAGUACGAAGCGAAGCUUGUCUUGCCCAAUGCGGAGUCCAACUCGGAGAUCGCAUUGACCGCACCCGUCCAGAGCGUGGUCAAGAAGCGCCGUUUAGGAGAGCUUGAAGGGGCUGAAGAAACCCAGAACACGUUCACACUCCCGAAACGCCGCAAGGAAAAGAUUGUUGCCUGCGUCGAAUGUUUCCGCAACAAGACGAUCCGUCACUGUGACAACAGCCACACUUGCCCGGCUUGCGCGUCCCGAGGAUCUCCCUGCAUACGCAUGAAAUGCAACAACUACGAUGAGGUCAGUUCGGACCGUACUAAAUGCAUCUGA